AUGUACUGCUAUUCAUGCAAUAGUAUUAUUAAUGAACUUGUGGUGUCAGAGUAUUUGAAUUCUCCUGGGACUUUAUAUUUGACAAAAUAUAAUGAGAUAUCAGAGUCUUUUAUAGAGAAAUUACAAGAUAAUGUACUACAUGUAGCUAGAAGUCGUUACUACGAAGUAGAUGAUAUUAAAUCUCUUUAUAAAUAUCGUAAUUUAUUAAAAAACCUGAUUAAAGAUCAGAUGAAUAUUAUUGGGCAUAAAAUUGCAAAAUAUGAAUUAGUGAAAGAAAUUAAUAAACUGAAAGGUAUCUUAAAGGAUUAUAUUGAUAUAAAAGAAAUUAGAACAAAAUCUAUAACUGGAGCUUCAAAUAGCCAGAUAAUAAGGUACUUUUUACUAUUUUUAGAACAGUCACAACAUAGAGAGCCUUCAGAAUGUGUUCUUAAAACUGUUACUAUUUUAAAAAGGAUAUACGAAAAACAAAACCUUAUUUUACUUAAUAUGUUGGAAUUUCAGAAACUAGUAUCAGAGAUGAAACUUGUUAAUUUAAUGAUUAAAACACUAAACCCUAAUAAGUAUUUUAAAGAUUACUUGUUAAAGAAUAGAAUGGAAUUAUUUGAUACUUUGAAUGUAGCACUAAAAUUGAUGGAUAUGUUAAAGGGUAAAUUCAAAGAACCUGUAGACUUGUCCAUUGCGAAAUUUACGAAUUCUUCAUUACAGGAAUUUGUUAAUGGUACAAUUAUUAACAUAAUUCCUUUUGAAGAAAGCAAAUUUUUAACUCAUUUUGGUAUAAAUUUGAAUGAUACAUCUACCAAUUCUCAGCCAUUAGAAAAUAUUCAAACUCAAAUGACUAUGGGAGAUAAUGCAACAUCCAAUAUACUAAAUGAUACUAAAGUAGAUUAUAUAAAUAAUAAUACUUGUAAAGAGGGGAUUACUGAUAAUAUACUAUUAACAGAUCCUAUACUUGACAAGUUUAUUUUUGAGCAAAAUAUAUUAAAUAAAUCUGAUAAUAUAUAUUCAAACUCGACUGAAGAUGUAUAUAAACAUAAAUCAGAUAAUUUAGAGGAAUUUCAGAGAUUUGUGGAUUCUCAUAGUAAUAUUAAUGAAACUUUAGAUAAGGAAUAUAUAGAAAAUAUUAAUACUACUCAAAAUACUAACCUUAAUUUGAGAAAUUUGGAUGAUUUUGAAAUUAGUGGUGAUAUGAACAAACCUGCUUUAUUCCCAACUUUAACCAAUAAAGAUAAUAAGGGUUUUACUGAAUCUAAUAUUUCCCAAACAAUAAAUUUCACAGAUACCCAAAUGUUAGCUACACCUAACAAGAGUACUAAUUUAAAUAUUAAGCCUAACUCCGAAAUUAUAAAAGAGCAUGACUAUAAAUCAAGAAGAGAGAAGACCUUUACUACCCGAAGUUCUAAUAAUACAAAAGCACAAUCUGAGAAAGCAUUCAUGCAUGUAAACUCUCAUAUAAAUUUGAAAUAUGAACAAAACUCUUCAAAAUGUUCCCAAUUAGUUUGUAAGACUAUAAUACGACAUUUAAAUAUAGAAGAACUAAAGAUGCUAGAUGAAAAAAUUUUUUCAGCACCUUCUUAUAUUAAAUACAAAAAUAAUUAUGUUACAACUGAAAUAUGGAAGAUUGUAGAGAAUUUAUCUGAUAAUCCAGGAGGGACACCACGUCUUUUAAGGCAAAUAGAGACUAGAAUUGUCGAAGUCUCUAGUGCUAUUAAUCGUACAAGUUCCAAACCCGUAUUAUCUAUUGGAAAUACUAUCAAUGAGACAAAUAAUUAUUAUCGCGGAAAGUUGAAGUAUAUUUUACUAUUUUUAAAGGCUCUUCAUAAAUUUUUGAGAGCCCAUAACUCUCAAGAGAUCGUAGAUAGACGCAAUUUGACAGUUAAAUAUUUGAAAUUAAUAUCUCCUUUAAAUAUAAGAGAUCCUCUCAUAAAAAAAAAGAUAUUUGAUCCAUCAAAAGAUUAUGAUCAAGUAGAAACACCUAAAAUAAGUACUUGGCCCUUACGAGAGGUUGUAGAAAGAAGUCCCAAAUUACAUAAUAAACAAGUAACAUAUGGUAGAGGUCAUACAAAUAUGGAAAUAUCUACACCUCCAAGUCUUCUUGAGUCCUGUACUAGAUGUUUGAUGAUCCUAUCAAUCACUAAUCAAGUUGAAAGUUUUUGUGAUAAUUCAUAUAUAUUUGCCAAUCUUAUAUGUGCUAAACUAUUGGAAAAAGAGAUACAUAAUUUAACUAAUACUAUAGAUGUAAAGUGGUUAACAGGUGAGCUAAUUAUGUAUUAUGUAAACUCAAUAAUUGAUCGAAGUAAUCUCCCAAAAAUAUUAAAAGUAGAUCAUACAAUUUCAUUAAAAGCAGUUAAUUAUGCCUUAUCUCAACCCAUAUAUAAUAUACAUCAGGCUUGUACACAAUCUUUAAUGUCUCAGAAAGGCUCUUAUAUAUAUCAAUACAGCAUUUCAUCUGAUAAGAUUAAACCAAUUUAUAGGGUGGCAUGUGCUGAAUAUUUAGGAAUUACAACAUUUGCAAUGUAG